AGAAAAGGGCAAUUUCAUGCUCCCAUGAUUCCUCAUUCCCGAUUUGUGCCAGGCUCUGAAAAGGAAAUAUUUGCAACCAAAGAUGCAUGAAUCAUAAUACAUGAUUACAGGAAUUGUUUUUACUUCAGAAUUACACAGGUGAAUCCAACCCUUGAGCUGUUCCUGGAGCAGCUGGAGCUGUCUGCAGAAGCUCUGGAGGAUUACGCCAUUUCAGUGGCCAAGAUUAACUGUACAAAAGAAGAUAUUCCAGAAUAUUGUGGGGCUGAGAAGCUGUUGAAGAAGGCCUGUUUGUUCCGAGGCUCUGAGGUGCUGAGGAGUUUUGACACUGACACCGUGUUUGAUGUCAAUGCCAUUGUGUCUCACGUGCUCUUCACUGUGCUUUUCAAUGAGGUGCGCUACGUCCACACCCCAGCAGAGCUACUCAGCAUUGAGAGGGCUGCGAAGGGGAAAACGGAUGUCGUCUUCAGUCACAUCCAAGUGCUGGGGCUCCCAGAACACAGAGCCCUGAUGGAGACUGCGUUUGUGUACGGAGCCAAGUUCCAGUUUGUGUUGACCACCGGAGGCCCUGUGCUGAAGCAUAUGGGUGUGGAUGACCCCGUGUCUCUGCAGGCUGGCCUGUGGUUCCUGCACUGUAAGGAAGUGAUGCGUGCAGCUGAGCCUUGUCCACACACGGCCAUGAGGCGACCGCUCACCACCCUCAACAUCUACGCCUUCCUGCAGCUCAUGGAGGCCCCGCUGUUGACUGAAGCGUGGGUGGACCCUGCCCAGGUGGAGGUGGACUACCGUCACCUCCACGUGCCCCUGCUCUUCGUCUUCACCCAGGCCCAGACGGAGAGCCUGGACAGGGCCACCGCUGAGGCGCUCGCCUGGAGACUACGGGGAGAGGUCGGGGUCGUGCUCGUCCACAGGGAUAGCCCAGAUGUUCAAACCCCUGCAAAGUACAACGCAGCCUACAGGCUCUCAGACAUGGCUGCCGUGAAGUAUGUCACAUUUAACAACCUCGAGGAAGUCGUCACGCUUUUCAAAGAGGAGGUAGCUCCUGUGGGAGAGGAGGAGGUAGCAGAGGAGGAGGAAGAGGACGAGGAAGACCAAUGGACCACUCUGGAUGUGCUGGACGACGAGGUGGCCGAGUCUGUGUACAGAGACCGGGAUCAGAUGCUGGACCUGGAGCCAGUCAUAGAGCUCACUGAAGACACCUUUACCAGUGCACUAGCGCAGCAUGACCACCUGGUGGUGCUGUUUUUCAUCAAAUGGGAUGCUGUUUCCAUGGCUUUCCUGCAUUCAUUCGUUGAGGUUUCUGAAGCAUUGGAAGAUCUCCCUGACGUCGCUCUGGCGUCUGUGGACUGCGGAGAGUGGACGGACGUCUGCGGCGCCCGACAAAUCAACUCCUUCCCCUCGGUGGUGGCGUAUCGCCGCGGCGACGGGGCCCAGCUGUACCGCGGCAUGAUGGGAAGCGAGAGCCUGCACAGGUUCAUCCUGCUGAGUCGGCUGGGCAGCCCGCUGCGCCUCGCGUCCUCGGAGGAGGUGCGGAGCUUCCUGGAGGGGGCGUCGGACGAGCCCCUCGGAGCUCUCGCUCCCGUCAGGGCACUGGGGGCCUUCAGCUCUGGCCGGGACUCAGGAGUGCCCUUAUUUGAAGAUGCAGCCAGAGAGUUGAGGGGCGAGGUACUGCUGGGGCUGUUUGUUGACACUGCGGCCCAAAACUGGGCCCGUGAGCUGUCCGUGGAUCUGCCUGCGCUCCUGGUGUGUCGAGGCUCUGGGGGCCCGACGGAGGUCCACUCCCUUCAGCCCUCCUCCCUGGAGGAACUCCUCACACUCAUCCGCAGAGCAACGCUGGACCCGUUUCCGGAGCUGACCGUGGAGAAUCUGCCCCAGUACCUGGAGCUGCAGAAGCCCCUGUUGCUGCUCUUUGUGACUGAGGACGGCCCAGAGAGCAGCGCCGCCCUGCUGGAGAUGCAGGGACUGUCACACGCCGGACACCUGCAGAGCUACCUUCCGUGCUGGAUAAAUCUUCGUAGGACUCCUGCUGGCAGCUCCGUCUUGGAGUCGUACCUGGGCGCCUCGCCCCAGCUCCCUGCCCUGGUGCUCUCUCAGCUGUGUUCCAACGGAGAGGUGUUCCACUUCCCCCCACAGCGCCCCCUACAGUCUGGGAGCAUCCUGCAGUGGCUUCAUGGUGUGGAGAGACAAGAGGAAGAGCCUGCAGGUGUUGUUCCAGACGAGCGGUGGGAGCCUAGCGUGCCUUUCUUUGACUUCCUGUCCGUCAUGGACGAGGAGUUGCCAGGUUACGCUGCCCAGAGGAGCCCCAAGACCAAGAUGGCUGCCGGCCGAGGAGAAGCCCACUUGGCGAGGAGGACAAGCAAAAGGGAGGAGGUGAAGGAGGAGGAGGAGGAGGGGCGGAAGAGGGAGAAGGACCACAGUGAAAGACGGAGCUCUGGUGCUCCUGCACACACACCCUCACCUCACACACACUCUGAACUCUGAGAGCAACACACACACACACACACACACACACACACAUACAGUACACACUCUGAACUCUGAGAGCAACACACACACACACACACACACACAUACACUAUGAACUCUGAGAGCGGAAACUUCUCGCCCACAGGAGACUGGUGGGCAGGAGCUGACGCACUUACACACACACACACACACACACACACACACACACAAACACACUGUGUGUGCCCCACUGAACACCAAUGGAUAGAAUCCGACAGUGUUGAACCUUGAACACACAUACACAGACGCAUUGGGCAGGAGAUGGCUGACAGGAGAACCCCACACACGCACAUGCACACAGAUGACAGACUGAUGACGAUCCUUACCCAUCAACACACACACACACACACACACACACACACACACACACACACGUACACACAGAUGACGGACAGAUGACAGUCCUUACCCAUCAACAUACACACACACAUACACACGCACAAACAUAUACACAUCUGCCAGACCAACCAUUACAUAAUAUGUAUCCCUGAAAGCACUCCCAAAAUGUUCCUUCACAGUAAGCAGUAAUGAGCCAUGUCUGCUUGUGUUUCCCCUCUUUCCUUGUUUAUAUGUGUUUAUAUUUACUCUGCAGCAAACUCAGAGGACCAGUUCAGUUUACUUGUUUGAUUCAUCUAUAAAAAAACGCACUUCACUGAAACUUCCCAAAGAAAAAUUUAAUUUUAUUUCCCCUACAUCUCCUCCUCCUCCUCCUCCUCCUCCUCCUCCUCCUCCUCCUCUGACUCCUCCUCCUCACUAGUAAGUGGUGGCCUGUUUGUUGUUUCUCUCUCCCAGUACACUGCGCUUCAUGUGCCUAAGUGCCUUCCCUUCCAUAUGAGCGCACUGCCAUGUUUGCCAAACGAGUCGAGCUCCAUAGCAUGCGCUGCACCUUCACUAAAAGUAGGCAUCGCAUCUUCUCAUUAUUUCCAGAGAGCUCGUAAAAAGGCAAGAUGGUAAUGGCCGGGAGAGUGGGGUCGUGUGGUCUUGUUGGGUAAACGAUACCGCCGCAGGCAGCCUCACAAGCCUGUGGUUUUUCCCUUUAUGAACUCCUGACGAUAUUCCCAUCACCCCCCCCCCAUUCCCAGAGCGCUACGUUAUGGAAAGGCCACGUCAGCUCUGAUAGGAUCCAGGCAGAACCUGCGUCUCAAGGUUUGGAGCGUCGUUAAUGGCUAAUAAGCGCAUCGCACCGCAUCCAGAAGGCAGGGCGUAGGAUAAACCGCUCCACUGAUUGGAAACACAGUUAUCAUUAGUCAAGCAGCGUCUGUGUCAUAAAGCUAUGGACACACACACACACACACACACACACACACACACACACACACACACAUGCGGCCUAUUCAAGUGUUUAAGUGGAGAUGUCAGUUUUCAGGUCUGCUUGCCAUUUUUCGCCAUUGUUUUAAUGUCUGAGUCCUGAGUGGACCUCUGUGUUAAACACAAACACAUCCAUGGCCAACGCAGGAAUGCCAAUUCUCUGCAGCCUGAUUAGCGCAUUUCAGGAUUCAGGAGAAGCUUGUCCUUCACUUUUCACCCAUAGCGUAUACAGUUUAGCCUGGCUUGGCCUACCACUUCUCAAAUGAGAUCUGGUCUGGCAACCAGACGUUCAUUUUCUCGUAUUUGAAAAAAUGCCCAGAUCCAUUGGGCGCCACGGAUGUCUAUCAAAUGCGUCUGUGCAUAGCUCAUCAUGGUCUUGCUUUCUCCCCUGUUCUGUGAUUGGCCACCAACAUCAGGCGAAAAUGUGGGUGUUAGUUUCCAGACUGCCUUAGCAGCGUGAAAGAAAUCACCGCGCAAGGCAGGAUGGGACCCAGGCUAUAUACAGAUAUUAUCUUGAGUAGCUCUUUGAAAGCUGACGUGGAGAGGCAUGCGUUUAU